CUUAUACUGCACUGUCAUCCAGUCUGCAAGGGUUGGUGUACUCACUACCUAAGUUAAACUGGUUGUUCCUAUGUCAAGGAUUACGCUUUUGAGGGAGAACCAUACAGGCAGUAGGACAUAACAGAUACCAGUCUAAAGCUUGCGGGUAAAGCGUGACCACGAUGAACAUGUUGGCCGUAAGGCUAUCCCUUUUCCUCACGUGGAUUGGAGUGAUCUACGGGUACAGCGGAUACAGGGAUAUUAUACCCAAUGGCUACAACGUGCCCAACCCUUGUGUGGCUGGGGAGCUUUGGCAUGGUGUGGGGCACCUGAAUCCCCAGGGUGGAGGUAACAGAAAUCAGUUCGGUGUUGAUUUUGAAAAUCAAGGCAGAACGUGGGCUAAUGUGUGUAACAUGGACUCCGAUGGUGAUGGGAUGACCAAUGGUCAAGAACUGGGUGACCCCCAGUGCAUCUGGGCACCUGGGGCCACGCCCACACGGACCACAGGACUCUCACACCCAGGUUUCUGCGACAUGUCGCCAAGCCAGAAUUGUGCUGGGCUCACCACAGCUCCGUGUUUAAGUCCCACGUUUAACUGCUCGGCUACUGCAGAAACAGGAGUCCACCGAAAGGUUAUGAAGAUUCCACGAACAGCAGUACCAGAUAAAGAAACCACCUAUAUGUGCAUGACCUUCGAGUUGGACCAAUCACAGGAUUACCACAUGAUUGCCACCAAACCGGAAAUAGACAACGCUGACGUCAUCCAUCACAUCACCCUUUUCGGUUGUGGCAAUAAUGCACCUGCGAUUACAAGUCCUCAACGAUGCGAGGCGUCCAUGCCUGCAUGUCAAGAAGGAAUCGGAUUCUGGACUGUUGGUAUGACUGGUCAGUGUCUUCAUAAAGACGCCGGCUUUAGAAUUGGGAAAACCGGUUACAAGAUGGUACUCCUUCAGUUCCACUGGAACAACCCCUUAAAAAGGUCUGGCCAGAUGGACGGCUCUGGCCUCAGCAUCUACUACACCUCAAACCUUCGCCCGUACGACGCAGGGCUAUUUUGGACGGGUGAAACCAACCUUGUGAUCCCGCCGGGACGUAGCAGGACCGUGGUCGAAUCCACAUGCCCUGCCCGCUGCACCAACAAGAUUCUGAGCGACACGAUUUACAUUAUCAGCGGGUUCAACCAUAUGCAUUACAAAGGCAUCGCGCAGACUGUGGAACUCUUCAGCGGAGAUGAAAGGCGGUUCCUCACCAAUCAAAUGAACUACAGCUAUGACAAUCCAAUAAGCAUGUCAUACGAUCCACCAGUCGCUAUUCGUCGUGGCGAUGCUGUAAAGACAACGUGCGUGUACCAGUCUUUGUCUGCGACGAAGACGACGUUCUACGGGUUCGCCAUCAGUAACGAGAUGUGUUACGGCACUUUCACCUACUACCCUAAACGCGCCAGCAGCAACAACGUCUGCGUCACAUGGAACACCAUCAACACCUGUGACUUGGAAGGGGGAGCACUUAUGGGAUGCAGGAUUGCUGAUUUCUUCAACAAUUCACAUCCUGCCACUAAAAUGGUUAUGGACAAGGUGUUGAACAACUGCAGUCCCUACGGAGGAUGUCGUCAAGAAUGUCCUGCAGCAAUUGCUGAGGCUGAGAAGCAUCCUUGUCUUGCCAAGGGUGUAAUGCAGGAUUACCUAUUGACUUUGAGGUCCAGAAACUCAGAUCUUAGAACAACCAAAUUUCUAGCUGCGUUUGGAUCCUGCUCAUGCAGGACGGAUGACAACAACAACAAUGGAGGCUUCCCAAUUCACACUGGCGGAACAACAUCUCUUGAUGCACUUGUAUCAACUGUUGUCCUUGCAUUCUCUGCAGUUUUACUUUUGUAACUCUGUGUGUUUAUAAUAACUCCACAUCAAUAAUUCCAAUUUCACUGUUCACCCAGGAGAAAAUGGGUACCAGGUGGGAUAAGUCAUGUGACUAUUAACCUUUUAGCGCAUCUCAGGUAGCUUGGGUUAUCCGGGGUAAUAAUAAUCAGAUU